AUGAAUGUGUUAAAGCUUUUAAUAGCAGCAGAUGAAUUAGAUUUACAAAAAUUAAUAGAAUACGUACAAUCAUAUUUAUUUGAUAAAAAAAUUGAAUUUUUAACAGAUAAUUAUUUAGAAAUUCUUAAAAUCGUAUUUCGUCAUGAAGAACUUUCAAAAUUAAGAGAUUUUUGUUUGAACCGUGUGGCAGAAGACCCAGGUGUGCUAUUUAAAUCACCAAAUUUUUACACGAUAGAUAAAUCACUUUUACGCCUAAUACUUCAACAAGAAAAUCUUGCUAUAGAUGAAAUGGAAGUAUGUAAAUUCAUGAUUCAAUAUGCUAUUACUCAAUCUUUGAGAACUUUAAACAUAGAAGAUAUUUUAGAAUUGACAUCGGAAGAUUUAAGUAUUAUAAAAGGAACGUUACAAGAAUUUAUUCCAUUAAUUAGAUGGUUUCAAAUUUCAAAUGAAAAUUUUUUAAAAUUUCAAAAAUUGUUUGAAAUUAUUUUACCGUCAGAACUUUAUGAAAAUAUCAAAAAAUUUAAUUUUAAAAAAGAAAUUGAAAAUAAAUCAAUAAUUUUGCCACCAAGAAUUCCUCAUAUAGAUUCAAAACUUUUAGGAGUAGAACACUUUGCAAUGAUUUCUAGCUGGAUAGAUAGAAAUAAUACACAAAUAUACAAAACGCAAUUUCCUUAUAAAUUUAAGUUAUUAUAUAGAGCAAGUGAGAAUGGAUUCGAAGUUGAAAAUUUUCAUAUAUUAUGCGAUAGAAAGGGACCAACCGUAACUAUCUCAAAAUUUGCAAGAAAUGGAAAAAUAAUCGGAGGUUAUAACCCAUUAGAUUGGAAACCACAAAACGAAACCAUAGAAAAUACAACAAUACUUGAUUAUCAUAGUUGGUGGGCAACAUCAGGCAGUUAUUUGUGUAUUUUUAAUAGAAGGCAAAGUAGAGAUUUUAUUGCUUUUUUGUUUUGUAAAAGUUAA